UCACUGUUGUAGACUACAGUGUAAAACUGCAGGAUGAGGAAACUGAAACGCGCUACGUUAUGUUUUAGUUUUAGAAAUAUGAGUUUGCUGCUGUUUUGCAUUUGUCUUUCGUAUCUACCGUUUUAUUCCUCAGCCAAGAGCAAUGACAGACCCAUUAUUGGCGUACUGGCUCAAGAAGUUUACUCCCCUAAACCAAGUCAAACAGCUUACAUUGCUGCCUCAUAUGUCAAGUUCCUGGAGUCAGCAGGAGCAAGGGUUGUACCUGUUAUGAUUAACCAGACACUGGAGGAGUAUAAGACACUGUUCAACUCCAUUAAUGGGAUCCUUUACCCAGGCGGGGGUGUCAGCAUUAUCUCAUCUGGUUAUGAAAGGGCUGCAAAAAUCUUCUAUGAGCUUGCUAUUGAGGCAAACGAGAGAGGCGACUAUUUUCCUGUGUGGGGCACCUGUCUCGGGUUUGAGCAGCUGACCUAUUUGACGAGUAGAAAGACAGUGCUGUCAAAUACCAAUACAAGUGGUGUGCCAUUACCUCUGAACUUCACUGAUGAAAUCAAAGGCAGCAGGAUGUUCAAAGGCUUCCCGGCUGAACUCAUGGAAGAUCUGGCUUCUGAGCCGCUGACAGAAAACUCUCACAGGUGGAGUUUGGCAGUGUUGACUUAUAAUACAAAUGAGGAGCUGAAGAAGUUUUACAAAGUUCUCUCCACAAAUACGGAUGGAAAAAUAGAGUUUGUGUCAACGGUGGAAGCGCAUGAUUACCCAAUUUAUGGGACACAGUGGCAUCCAGAGAAAAAUGCAUUUGAAUGGACGAGGCCUUACAUUCCACACUCUUCAUCAGCAGUCAAGACCACCUUUUACAUGGCUGAAUUCUUUGUCAGUGAAGCCAGGAAGAACUUGCACAGAUUUGAGUCAGAGGAGGAUGAGAGCAAAGCGCUGAUAUACAACUACAAUCCUGUUUAUGCUGGGCCCAAGAGUGGCUUCCAGCAAAUAUAUUACUUCUGAUUUAUUCUGAUGUCUGUUUGCAGAGUGCUUUCUCAAUCAGUGCUAUCUCAGUCACGUGACUUUAGAGUGUUUGCAGAUAAUGACUUGUUUGAUUUUACAUUUGCUGCUCAUUCCAUCUGUUGAAUCUGCAACAAAACCAGAAGUAAACUGGAAAUAGGAUGGAGGUUUAUCUAUGCAACAUAACAUUUUUUUAAUCCUGCCCUGCAUCAAGCUUGAUGCAGGGCAGGAUUAAAAUAAAAAAUUUGCUUUGUGGAUGCUGUAAGUAGGUUUACACAGUAAUUAAAUAUUACAGAAAGUGCA